AAAAUGAAUGCGGUGUUGGAAGACCAUUACUAUUGGAAGGCCGGUUAGCAUCAAUUUCCUAACAGAUACUUGACCACCAUUUGUUCUGGCAUGGCGCAGAGUACUCCACAGCUUGAUAUGCAGGUUCUCCAUGACCUCCGACAACGUUUCCCGGAGAUUCCAGAGGGUGUUGUGUCUCAGUGCAUGUUACAGAACAACAACAAUCUUGAAGCCUGUUGCCGAGCCCUUUCCCAGGAGAGUAGCAAAUACUUAUAUAUGGAAUACCAUAGUCCAGAUGACAACAGGAUGAAUAGAAAUCGCCUUUUGCAUAUUAAUCUGGGUAUCCAUUCUCCUAGUAGCUACCACCCAGGAGAUGGAGCACAACUUAAUGGGGGUCGAACACUGGUACAUAGCUCAAGUGAUGGACAUAUUGAUCCACAGCAUGCAGCAAGUAAACAGCUGAUAUGUUUAGUUCAGGAACCACACUCCGCUCCAGCUGUUGUGGCUGCUACUCCAAACUACAAUCCAUUUUUUAUGAAUGAACAGAACAGAAGUGCAGCCACUCCUCCUUCACAGCCACCUCAGCAACCAUCUUCCAUGCCAACAGGAAUGAAUCCGUCUGCUAUGCAAGGGCCUUCGCCACCGCCACCUCCUUCAUACAUGCACAUACCUCGGUAUAGUACAAAUCCGAUUACUGUUACAGUAUCCCAGAACCUCCCUUCUGGACAGACUGUACCAAGAGCUUUACAAAUUCUUCCACAAAUUCCAAGCAAUCUCUAUGGGUCUCCUGGUUCUAUUUAUAUUAGACAGACAUCUCAGAGUUCAUCGGGAAGACAAACUCCUCAGACUACACCAUGGCAGUCCUCACCACAGGGCCCAGUGCCUCAUUAUAGCCAACGUCCUUUACCUGUUUAUCCACAUCAACAGAACUAUCAGCCUUCUCAGUAUUCUCCCAAACAGCAGCAGAUUCCUCAACCUGCUUACCAUUCACCACCUCCUUCUCAAUGUCCUUCACCCUUCAGCUCUCCACAGCAUCAAGUGCAACCUUCCCAGCUGGGCCACCCAAGUUCCCACGUCUUUAUGCCACCUAGUCCUUCAACUACUCCACCCCAUCCAUAUCAACAAGGACCUCCUAGCUAUCAGAAACAGGGAAGCCAUUCAGUAUCUUAUCUCCCAUACACAACAUCUAGCUUACCCAAAGGAUCCAUGAAGAAGAUAGAAAUUACAGUUGAACCCUCUCAAAGACCUGGGACAGCAAUGAACAGGAGCCCUUCACCUAUCAGUAAUCAGCCGUCUCCACGGAAUCAGCACUCACUGUACACAGCCACCACACCACCUUCAAGUUCUCCUUCGAGAGGGAUAUCCAGUCAACCAAAACCUCCAUUUAGUGUUAAUCCUGUGUACAUUACAUACACACAGCCAACCGGACCUUCAUGUGCUCUAUCACCAUCUCCUCGAGUGAUACCAAACCCAACAACAGUUUUUAAAAUUACUGUAGGUCGAGCAAUGACUGAAAAUCUUUUAAAUUUAGUGGACCAAGAAGAACGUUCUGCUGCGCCAGAACCUAUUCAGCCCAUUUCAGUGGUACCAGGCUCUGGGGGAGAAAAGGGAAGCCAUAAAUACCAGAGGAGUUCUAGUUCUGGAUCAGAUGACUAUGCCUAUACGCAAGCUUUGCUGUUACAUCAGCGAGCAAGGAUGGAGAGGUUAGCCAAGCAGUUGAAACUUGAGAAAGAGGAGCUAGAGCGGUUGAAGGCUGAAGUUAACAGUAUGGAGCAUGACCUGAUGCAGAGACGGCUCAGAAGGGUCAGCUGCACCACUGCGGUCCCCACGCCUGAGGAAAUGACAAGAUUGAGAAGCAUGAACAGACAACUCCAGAUAAAUGUUGACUGUACACUGAAAGAAGUUGACCUCCUUCAAUCUAGAGGAAACUUUGAUCCAAAAGCCAUGAAUAAUUUUUAUGACAACAUAGAACCUGGCCCAGUUGUACCACCAAAGCCAUCUAAAAAAGAUUCGUCAGACCCUUGCACAAUUGAGAGGAAAGCCCGAAGAAUUAGCGUGACCUCCAAAGUACAGGCAGACGUCCAUGACACCCAGGCAGCAGCUGCUGAGGAGCAUCUAACUGGCUCCAAACAGAGUCCCCGGACACAACCCCGCGAUGAAGACUAUGAGGGGGCCCCAUGGAAUUGUGAUAGCUGCACCUUCCUGAACCACCCCGCACUGAACCGCUGUGAGCAGUGCGAGAUGCCACGGUACACUUGAACUCCCAAGAGUCCACGUCGACUUGAGAGAGAAACUGGGAGCACCCACUAGAAGAAAAGGAACCUUGGGAGUCUGUGCAUCUGCCCGGCCUUUUCAUUUCUGAUUCCACCGGGGGAGGAGCAGCGCCCCUGUAGGGCUCGUGCUCACUCAAGAAAAAUGGGGCGUUCUCUUUAUUUUGUGUUUUUGUUUUUUUCCUUUCUUGACUCAUUGCAGAGUGAGAUAGAAAGGGAUACUUGAACCUGGGAAAGGAUUCACUCCUGAAAGAAUGUCCACAGAGAAGUCAAGAACUCUUCUGUGGACUCCCAGUUGUUAAAGUUACUGCUGAGCGGCCCUCACUUUAUAAACUAGAACUUUCAAUCAUGCUGUGACAUGUUACAUACAGUUCAUGCAGACGGACUGUGACUUCCCGGGGCAGACUGCCCUGGUCACGGCUCUGUAGAAAACCAAGGUUCCCCAGGCUUCUUCCCAUUGUUGCCUGCUGAGAAGGACAGGAAAAAGCACCCAGAAUAUGACUUUUUUUGCGGGGGAGGGGGGAGCUAAAAUAAUAAGGGUAUUUGUAAUUGCUGCUUUUUUCAGAGGUAAUUUCAAACACAAACAGUGGCUUAAAAUGUGAUUUGUAGCAGUCAGGAAUGAGGCAUAUCUUGCCCUGCCUUCAAAAGUACAAUCAGAGGUGAUAAGAUCUCUUUUACUUGUACAAUAAUUCAUCGAGCUAAAUCAACACUGGUAACUAAGACCUAAUGAUGCCACAUAGUAGAUAUAAUUUUUAAGUUACUGCAUGCUUUUAUUAGGCCAUUGGCUUUAAAAAUAACAAGUCCUUACCAAGUACGAUUUUAUGAAUGACCUUCUCGUAAAACUUUGCUUUGCCAAUAGCACAGUGAAUGUACGCCAAAUGUAAAUCCAUUCCAAAAUGCAUUUGGAAAUCUUGAGCUCAGCUGUGGUUCUGUAAGAAGUGUUUGCAGUCCAUAGGGCCUUUUUUUUUUCCCUCCUUCCAGUUUUGUGACGAAUUCACGAUGUUUACAGCACAGUGUUUUGUGCCAGAAUCCUUAGCUGAAAAAAAAAAAAUAGCUGUUCAAUACAGAUUGAUUUGCACAUGUUAA